AUGCAUUUGAAAACUGGAUUAAUAUUUUUGAUCAUUUGCCUUGCUCUUCAAGUUCAGGGAAGCAGAGAAAUCCCUAGUAAACUAAACCAUGGGGAAGCCAAACAUCUUGCAGAAGCCUCAGGGUCAGAAAAAACAGAAAGAACAACAAAGAGGUCCAGAAUAUCAACCAUAAGGCGGAUAUUUGACAUGGCAAAGCACCGAACAAAGAGGUCAUCCUUUUUCUCAACUGGUGUGAAAGUUUGCCCGCAAGAAUCAGUGAAGCAGAUUUUGGCAAGUCACCAAGCUUACUAUAGAUUAAGAGUCUGCCAGGAAGCUGUGUGGGAAGCCUUUCGUAUUUUUUUGGACCGGAUUCCUGAUACUUCUGAAUAUCAGAACUGGGUUACUGCCUGCCAGAGGGAAACUUUCUGCAUAUUUGACAUUGGCAAAAACUUCAGCAACUCCCAAGAGCACCUGGAAAUAAUCCAACGGCGAGUAAAACAUAGAACCUUCCAGGAAAGGAAAGAUGAAAUAUCCACAGAGAAAACAGGUGGCAAAAAGCUAGAAGACAUUCCUUCCAUUCCUACAGGCUUCCCCAGCACAUCCAUGACUCCAUAUGUAAUUGCACCUAGUGGAACACUGCUCAACGAAAUUGUUAAUGACACGAAGAUUCCUGUGAAGGAGCUGGGAACAAAUACAGUCCCAGAGCUGCCUGUGGAGCAAAUGGUAGAAUUCAGUGUCACUCUCACUGAUCAGGAGUACACAGCUGAACUUAAUGAUCCCAACUCUCCACAGUACAGACAACUAGCUGCCAAAUUUCAGCUACAGAUGCAAAAAAUAUUUGAGAAACUUCCAGGAUUCAAAGAAAUCCACGUGUUAGGAUUUAAACAGAAGAAGGAGAAAGAUGGGUCAAGCAGCACUAUAGCACGAUAUGUGGUAAACUUUGAGAGAGAUGGCUCAGAAAUCAGAAGCACAGCAGGUGACAUCUCAACUAUUGGAUCUAAUAAGGUUGAAAAUGAAAAAAUUCCACUUUCUCCAAAGGAAGAGAGGGAGAUAUCAGCAACUAAACUCACAGUAACAGACCUCCAGCAACUGGUUGCCAUAGCACUCCAUGAAGACCAGUCCCUGCCAGUGGACCUUGGAACACUUCAGUUUACUGAUGAAUCUAUUGGACCAUCUAGUGAUUUUGAUAAUGAUAUCCAGGCCAUGGUCACUAUUCCUCUGGCAGGCCCUGAUAUGGAGGACUCCAUGAACGUGGAACUCCCACUGGGCUACCCCAGCCCAGCAACAGUGGGCCAAACUGGAGACUUCCUGUUCAAUGAAUUUACAACUGGAAUCCCUGUGCUAAGUGGAGACAUCAGCGAUCCUGAAUACUUCAACAAUUUUGUUUCAUCUGAACCUGUGUUCCCUACCAAACCUUCCAGAGAACGGUUUCAGGAGAAACCUACUCCAGACACAGAAGGUAUCUCUGUUGACCACCAAAGUUUCACAGUGCCUUUCAGUGCUCUGGGUAGCACUAGUAGUCCUCCAAAACUAGAGGAUUCCUAUUUGCCUCCUCCAGCAGAUGAUUCUGCUAGCAGUGACUUAAUCACCGAUGGCUAUGAGUCUCCAGUGCAGCAGGCCACCACACUGGCAGUUUAUACCACAAGAAGCUUUAUCCCACCUAGUCUUCUGCAAGAGAAAACUGAAGCUGAAGAUACAACAGGACUGCCUUUCAAGGAAGUUGACCAAGAUAGUCUGUCUGGACAAGCAGUUAAGAUCAUGGAUGAACCAGAAUCAUCAGGUGAUGACAUUUUAGUGCCAGCCAGCACUUAUGAAACUUUGCCUUUCUUUAUUGGUUCAAGUGAUCUCUCUACCACACAGCCUGAAGAUGUUAUUACAGCUGUGCUACCAUCAGAUCAAACAGCACUGCUGCCUUCAGCAACCAGCCCAUCCUACAGCCUCUCAGAGAUCAUCGAACAGUCCCUUGAGGUCCCAGACUCCACAGUGCCCGGGACAGGAGUGCAGGAUAUUGCUGCAGAGUUAGAUCACAUCGGUGUGAUGAGCACAGCCACACUGGAUGAAGUGGAGCAUGGCAGCGGUUAUAUCCCAGUGCUGAAAACUGAGCCUGCAGAAGCCACCUCAGCUCCUACACUGAAAUAUGUAACUACCAGCUCCAUGACAACCGCAGCCAAAGGCAAAGAGCUAGUGGUUUUCUUCAGCCUGAGGGUAACCAACAUGCACUUUUCUGAUGACCUCUUCAACAGGAGCUCGACAGAAUACAAAGCGCUAGAACAACAGUUCAUGCAAUUGCUACUUCCAUACCUUCAGUCCAACCUCACAGGUUUUAAGCAACUGGAAAUACUUAACUUCAGGAACGGAAGUGUGAUUGUGAAUAGCAAAAUGAAAUUUGCCAGGACAGUGCCAUACAAUAUCACAGAAGCAGUACAUUGUGUUUUGGAAGAUUUCUGUGAUGCUGCAGCCCAGCGCCUCAAUUUGGAGAUUGACAGCUAUUCCCUGGAUAUUGAGCCAGCUGAUCAGGCAGACCCAUGCAAAUUCAUGGCAUGUGACAAGUUUUCCGAAUGCAUAAUGAAUGAGUGGACGAAAGAGGCUGACUGCCUCUGUAAACCUGGUUACACAAGUCAAGACGGAUUACCCUGCCGGAGCCUGUGUGAGCUGGAACCGCAACUUUGCAUCAACGGGGGAAAAUGUGAGUUAGUUCCAGGAAGAGGAGCUGUCUGCAGGUCACCAGAUGAGGUUACAAAGUCAAGACUGACAAGCUAG